AUGCAAUCAUCUAUUUCAUUUACACUUAAUAUUAAUAUUCAAAGUUCAAAUGCUCAUAAUAUUCGACCAAUUCUUCCAAAUAUUUUGGCUGAUAAUGAUACACAACGAACAAUAACAAUAAAUAAAAUAUCUUCAUCAGUAUCAAACAAAUUUGUGAAUAAUAAACGACAACAACGUUUGGCUAGUAAACAAUGUUUUUUACCAUUACAACCAACUAUUAUUAAAACACCUUCAUUAAGUACAAUUGAUAUUCAAUCUAAACUUGAAUCGAUUAUUUUAAAAACUGUUGAAUGUGAAAUCAUUGAUUUAUUCAAUCAAAUAAAAUCAAAACCAACAACAACAGCUUUUAAUGAUAAUCUAUCAGUUAUAUUGGCAAAACUUGUACCUAGUGAACAUAAAUAUUUUUUUGGUAGUAUUGUUAUUACAGAUAAAAUUGAUUCAUUAUCAGAUGAUGCUAACAAUUCUAUGCCACAGGUAGAUUAUCAUUUGAAUCUUGUUUAUUAA